CCUUACAAGACAAGUGUGUGUUCGUCUGACUGUCUGCUUUUCGCCGCAUAGUGGCCGAAUGGGCAGCCGGUGAGCAAGCCGAAGAAGUAGCCGAACAGUUCGGUACGCCAACUGCACACUCGUCGACGAGUGAUUGAGGCCAAGAGCAUUCCUGUGUCAUGCUCUGGAUGAUCUGAAAAUGGGCAAGAAAAACAAGGCCAAGCAGGCCAACCACAAAAUAAACUUGGCUCCUAGGAAAAUUUCGCCCUUGAAGAGAAAUGAAUUGAAUAAUAUUGCAGAUAAACUAUUGAAAAUAUGCAGCAAUUCUGGUGGAUUGAAAGAAUGGGAUACAUUCACUGAGAUUAACAAGUUACUUGCCAAAGCCGUUGAACUUGAGUCAGAUAUGAGAGUGCCAGUGAAUGAUCGAUCAAAUGCCAUACCAAAGUUCCUUGAGUGGCUUGAGGAAAAUGGAGCUUUGUUUAAAGGGAUCAGCGUUGCCACCUUUGAAGGGUACGAACUUGGCCUUAAGGCUGAGAAAGACUUUGAGGUGGGCGAUAUGCUCAUGGCUAUCCCUCGCAAAACUAUGCUUACCCUGGAGAACGCCCGACUCUCUGAGCUUGGUGUGUUACUCUGCAAAGAUCCAAUGCUGCAGCACAUGCCGAAUGUGGCCCUCUCGCUCCUCCUGCUCCAUGAGAAAUUCAAACCAAACUCUCAUUGGGCACCAUAUAUCGCUCUUCUGCCUUCCGAGUACACCACAGUUUUGUACUUCUCACCUUCAGAGCUGGCUGAUCUAAAAGGGUCUCCAGCACAGGAAGCUGCACUGAAGCAGUGCAGAAAUAUUGCCAGACAGUACGCCUAUUUCAGCAAAAUGUUUCAGAAUAUAUCUGGUCCAGCGUGUGAUCUUCUGAGGGAAGUUUUCACAUACGAACAGUACAGAUGGGCCGUGUCGACUGUGAUGACUCGCCAAAAUUUCGUCAUCAGCUCCGAUGGCAAGAGCAUGGUCAAUGCGCUGAUUCCCCUGUGGGAUCUGUGUAAUCAUGAGCAAGGACGGCUCUCCACUGACUUUUUGCCAGAGAAAGACCACAGCGAGUGCUUAGCUUGGCGGCGGUUCUCGUGCGGCGAGCAGAUUUUCAUCUUCUACGGUGCAAGGCCUAACUCGGAGUUCCUUGUGCACAACGGUUUUGUGCCUGCAGAAAACUUGCACGAUACGCUGGCCGUGCGGCUUGGCAUCAGCCACGCAGAUCCCCUCGGCGACAAGAAGCGAGCCCUUCUUAACACCCUGACGUUGCCCUGCAGUGGCGAGUUCUUGCUGCACGCAGGUCCUGAACCUGUUGAUGCCAAAUUUAGAGCCUUUCUGAGAAUAUUUUCCAUGUCUGAAGAACAACUGGAUCACUGGCUGGCCAAGAAUGAAGGGAGCAAAGAUUUGGAGCAUAAUGACUGUGCCUUGGAUUCUGAGCUUGAAUCAAAGGCAUGGACAUUCCUGAAAACUCGGGUCACCCUUCUGCUUGCCUCAUACAACUCAUCUUUGCAGGAUGAUGAGUUGCUGUUGCAGUCAAGAAGUAUCAACUCGUACAAGAGACUGGCUGUACAACAAAGAGCAGCCGAGAAGAAAAUCUUGCAUGAGACCCUCACCUACGCGCAGCAGAAACUACUUCAGUGAUCUGCUUUUGCGUUUUCCCUUGUCACAACCCAUUGGCCGUGUUUGUUCUUGCAUUGUUAAGUUUUGCCAAACUCAGCAAUUCUACUUGAUCACUGCUUUUCUCGUUAGUUAAUUAGCUGCAUUUAUUUAGCUUACUACUUGAUUGUUACUGCACAGAAAUAGUGUACUAAAUUUGUAUUAUUUAAUCCCUUUGCGUUGCCAUACCAUAAUACCAAGAAAACAUAUCAAACAAGUUUUCUUUACAAUCGAUUGUGAUAUGAUUUGAUUGUAUUUUUAUAUAUUGCAGGAGAUAACUUUCUUGUAUUUGUAAUGCAAUCAAACAAACUUAAGACGCGCCCAAUUCUUUAAAAUUCUCUAUUCUCUUGCUUAACAUUAUCCAUCCCCCCCAAUUCUAUUUGGCCCAAAACAAAUUCGCUUUGUUUGCCAAAUAAGAACUGAUUUGUAAGUUAGACUUCAUUUUCAUUGUAACUUUUCAUACCAUCAAUUAGGCUUUAGCUCUCCGUUCUUGCUUAUUAGAAAAUCAUCUGUAUAUUUUUAUUACUUACACACCCUUGCUUGAGAAUUCUACUGGCACAGUACUUACAUCCUGUAUAGUUCAUCAUAGAAACAUUACUGCAAAAUUUACACAAUGAGAGGCAAACAUUAAAAAAUUAUUAGUUCAUCA